AUGGGAAGCUGUUUUUGGGCUGAUGCGAGAUCAAGAGCUGCAUAUCAAUAUUUUGGGGAUGUUGUUACAUUUGAUGCCACUUACCUUACCAAUAUUUAUAAGAUGCCAUUUGUGCCAUUUUCUGGAGUUAAUCAUCAUCACCAGACCAUAAUGUUCGGUUGUGCUUUGUUGGUUAAUAAAACGGGAGAAUCAUAUACAUGGUUAUUGAGAACAUGGCAAGAAGCAAUGCUUGGGCGUGCCCCAUCAACGAUAAUUACCGAUGAUGACAAGGUGAUGGCUAAGGCAAUUGUAGAGGUACUCCCGAAUACAACUCAUAGGUUGUGCUUGUGGCACAUUUUACAAAAAUUUCCCGAACACUUGGCCCAUGUAUACAACAAGUUUUUGGACUUUCAAAAAGAUUUUUGUCAUUGCAUACAUGAGACAAUUACUACUGAUGAGUUCGAGCAAGAAUGGGCUUUGAUUAUGGUGAAGUAUGACUUAGGAGAAAAUACUUGGCUGCAAAAUCUUUACAGCCGACGGGAUAAGUGGGUACCAGCCUACUUGCAUUCGACAUUUUGUGCUGGUAUGUCAACAACUCAGAGGAGUGAGAGCAUGAACAAAUUUUUUAAAGAUUAUGUUCGUUCAAGCACUAUGGUUAGUGACUUUGUGCAUCAGUAUGAGAAAGCUAUAGAUGCACGUUACUUUAAAGAGAAAGAGAAGGAUGUGCGGACAAAAUCUACGCGGGCGAUAAUGAAGACACCUUUUAAAAUUGAAGAGGAGGCGGCGAUUGUUUAUACAAGAAAGUCUUUCACGAUCUUCCAAGAUGAGCUGUUCAAUAGUCUACGGUACCAAGCAAGAAAAUUGUAUGUGAGUGGUGAGGCCAAGACAUAUGGAGUGACAGCUCAUGGUAAAGAAACACCUAUUUACCACGUGACUUUGGAGGGUGAUGAAGGACAUGCUACAUAUACAUGCCAUAAGUGGGAGUUUAUGAGGAUUCUUUGUAGGCACAUAUUAUGUGUUUUUGGCAAGAAAGCGAAGUUAAAUAUAUUGCCACAACAUUAUGUUCUAGACAGAUGGACUAUUAAUGCUAAGAGUCGACCCAUUCCCGACAUACCAUGUUCUGAUGACCAAGUGCGGCAAGUACAAGAUGAGGCUACGAUGAGAAAAAGCAAGUCAAUGAUACAACUUUAUGACAUUGUUGAGCUUGCAUCACAGUCAGCUAAAAAACACAAUCAUUUUACACUUGCUUUGGAAAAGGUUUACAAAGAGUUGCUUGCAAUGGAAGAUCAUGUAGAAUGUUCACAAACGAUGCCCACCAAUGAAUGUAUACCAUCUAGAAGUCAAGUUAUAUCAAACUUCUCACAAACGGUGCAGGAUCCUCCACGGGUGCCCACAAAAGGGCGCCCAAAGUCUUUGAGAGCGAAGAACCCAAAGGAAACACAAACAACAAAGAAAAGACGUUGUAGCAUUUGCAAGAAUGAGGGACAUGCUAAAAAUAAUUGUCCUUCAGUGAGAUUGCGUUGUAGAGUUUGGGAGAGUGCUACUCAUUUUCUUAAUAUUUUUAUUAUGGGUGAGAUUGAUACCAAGCCUAUAGAACCAAUCCAAAUUGCUCUCUCCUUGUUUGGUGAGAAAAGUGAUCAGAGGAAAUCUUGGUGUACUAGCAGCGAUGAGGAGGACGAUGAGGCCGCGUUGGAGCAGACCCUUUUGGUGAUCCAGGAGGUGGCCAUCUACAAGAUCUGGUCGGGUUGCCUUAGGAUCGUUUCCUGCAAGGCUCGCUGCGAGAGCACCGUCGAGAGCAUCCUUAACUCGUCACGCUACUCCGUCCUCAAGAUCGAGGAUGGCCGGGGUAAGAGCCUUCCUGGGUCUCGGUUUCUUCCCCCCUUAAGGAUUUCAAUCGAGUGA